UUAAGCAGAGACAGGUUAUACUUGAUUGGACAAGUGCAUUCUGGGAUCGAUCGUUUAUAAAUAGAAAAGAUAGUUCAGCGCGAACUUACGAUUAGAAAAGUUCAGUACCUUGCCGGAUAAAAAUAUUUGUUCAGUAAAUUGUUGUUUGAAGAAGGUUCGUUGUAUGAAACAAAUAUUGCCUGUUUGAAAUCUAAUUUAGAAUAAGAAUAUUGGAAUUUAUGUUAUAUGAAAGAAAAAGGAAAUGAAAAUAAAUUGAUUGAAAUUUGAUGCUCAUAGUGACAAACCUCUAAAACCUGUCCGCACGAACUUGGUCAUGAGGCCUCCACGUGGUGAUUCGCCUACUUUGAAGCAGCAGGUGACACGCACAGAAUCUUUACGUCAACGAUGUAACGAUAGAAACGCUGACGAAAUUAUUCGAUUUGUCCGAGAUAUUCAAUUCGAACGUGUUCCAACCUCAAUGCGCCUCCAGAAGAAGGCGCCUUUACCGAGCAUUGGACAAAAUUGCAUUAAAAGUGGCACGUGCGAUUCUGGAUUUCUUGAUCGUGCAACAGACUCUACUGAUAGUGAUGAAGAUAUGCUAGACAAUGAAAUUCUAUAUUCAACACAGAAAAGAUCUGCGCCCAAACUUGACCCGGCUUUGAUAGAAAUGCUCACGAGCCCACGUGGUGUUACAAAAAACUCAAAUGAUUUUAAUAUAUUAUCGCGCUCUCUUCCUCAAGGUCAUGUUGAUAUGUUUAAUAACAAUUUGAAAGUUCCUCGCCAAAACAGCUUUAUCAGACACGGAAAACUACACAGAAACGGAAAUACGGGUAAACAAAGAAUCCUUACGAAACAACUUCCGCCAUUAUCACGUGAUAGUAUUCCAGAACGCCCGUCUGCACCUUCGCCAAGCCGGACACCAAUGUGGUCAGACAACAGUUUCAUAGAAGAGGAACCAGUAGAAUACCUUGACCUUUGACAGGUCAUUGCUCGUUGUUUGAUGCAUUUGACUAUAAUGUACAACGAUGUUUGCCAUAAUCAGGACAGCAUUUUGCAGGUCCUGUUCAGAAUAUAUGCCAUAUAAGUUAUUUUCUCAGGGGAAUUUACAAAUAUAAGCUAGAAUGUGAUUUUCUACACUAGUGUGACUGGUGAAAGUUGUGAACUUUUUUGUUAUAUUUCACACUUAUGUUAUUCAUAUAUUUACAUAGCAUAUAAUUUACUUCACAUGUAAACCGAACAAUUUAAUAAAAGCACAUGUUUUUGUAUAUAUGUGAAUCUACUCUUACAUCACAAAAUUGUGGUGUCACUUUUUAAUUUUUUAACAUUUUUUUUCCUAAUUUUUUUUAUAUUAAUACGCAUAUGUACAAUGUAUCAUUACCACUUCUAUGAUAAACUGGACUCAUACAAAAACUGUUGGUAUUUUGCUAUUAUUCAAAAUGUUACUGUAUUUUGUCAUUUGGGUGAGUUUGUGAAAUAAACUAAAUAUACAAUGUUAAUUUUGUCUAUUAAUUUCUUUCUUGCACAGAAAAUAAAUGUUAAUGGUAUAUUAAAACAUUAUUUGUUAUUUAAUUAAAUUUGGAAUUGCUAACAUAUUUUUCUACAUCAAAAGUAGUAUGCCUUUUUUUCGUAAAUGCGUCGAGUCGGGAAUUUUGUGACAGACGUCAAUGUUAUGUAAAUCAUUAUCAAAGACGUUUUUGUUUUCAAAUUCGGAAUAAAAUACUGUUCAUUGUAACUGUUGUUAAUAACCUGUUCAAAGGAAUUUCAUCUUAAACUUUUGCAAAAAGUUAAUGUAUUAAAGCUAUGAUAUUGUCAUAAAUGAGGGAAGGGAGUUUAAAGUACAAGACUAUAGAUAUGAUUUAUUAUUUCAUACACAUUUUUUUACCAUUACAUUGUGAAAUUUAUGAUUUUGAAUUAUUUACACAAAUAAAAUAAACAAUAACAUCGACUUUAUUAUCUGGUUUACUACGAGGACAAAGAUCGUUGCUAUGUGUCCACAACUGUUACAGUAACAUAUGUAGCAAAUAUAGGCCAUAGUUUCACUUCAUGGUUGUUCCUACGCACGUGAAAUAUGCCCAUUAACAGUUGUAAUCAGACGAUAUCUCUAUAGUUUUUUGUGUUUAAUUUAUUUUAUUUGACACUAUCAUGUUCGUAUGGCCUUUUUUUCCAGCACAAAGACCCCAGUUUACUUCCGUGCAAUAUUUUUUAAACGGGCGGAUGUCGGUAGUCGGCAUAACUAUAUGGCUGACAUUUUUGGCAAAAAUUAAAAUCUCUUUAAUCAGUACAUUCAUUACAAGACAAUUUCUGAUAAUGUCUACUGAAAAACGUAAAUUUUAUCCAAAAAUGCUUCGGAUAUUUCAGGGUCUUUCAAAUAUUUCUGUUUCUAUUAUAUUCCUUUUACUACUUUUAAUUCUAAUACUGUUUGCCUGAAAAAAAAAUGAGACAUGUUUGUAAAGAUCAUGUAUUGUGAAGUACAUCGUAUAGUGCGACCAGUUGUUAACUGUGAUCAUAUUUUGUUAAAAAAUGUUUUAACAAGAGCUUGUCAAUAUU